GAACGAAGAGCUCGCUCUUACUUUACUGCAGCAGAAAUUAGCCAUAGUCAAGGGAUUCGCGGUUUUAUAUCCCCCAAAGAGAACAAGUCACGUGCACACUGGUUCUAGUAACAACGAAGCUCACACAACUUUCAUUAAAUUUGAUCUAUUCAAAACAAACCAGGAUAUAAGCGUGACAUGUUUGUUUGUUGCAACAAAGAUCGAGGAGACCUAUAAAAAGCUUAAAGACAUACUGAUAGAGGCGUAUAAAGUUCGACAUCCAGAGAUUUCUGAUGUUAACGGUGAUGCACAGCUACAAGACCACGAUUUGCCUAAGAUUUCCGCCACACGCGAUCGCAUCCGCGUCGAUAUUUUUGGCGGCAAAGUUGUUGCACAUGGAGAAUUUUCCGGAGAACAAAGGAAGUCUACCCUGGUUCAGUGUUUUCUUGUGUAG